CGGGUCGAAGCGGAUUGGUCAAGCAGGGGAAGCCAUGGCGGACCAUAGCAACAAAAGCUACAAUGCAGGCACACCUUCCUUCAGAGUAUCACUAAAGCAACACUGAGACGUACCGCUAUCUUUAGAGCCUCUGUCAACACAAUCAUCGAUGCAUUUCACUUCAGAGAAACGUCUCCACCUGUUUCACUCUUAUCCGGUGACAAGUAGCCUUGAAAUGAGUUCUGCAGAUUCAUCACUGCAGAGAGAACAACGCAGUUCUGCUAAAUGAUCUCCUCCACACUGACGGCACAAACUUUCCAGGAACAACGCAACAAAUAAAACAACCUGUUGACAUCAGAGUUCCUUCUUGGUCCUUGUUGUUCAGUUUGACCUCCUCACUGCUGGUGUUUCCUGAUUGUUCACACCUGCCUCUCAUCUCCUGAUUGCCCAGUCAGCUUUGAGGAUUUGGGAAAAAUCCUCUGGAUUGGGAGCAUUUUUCCUGAACUCAGAGGGACUGGAGCUGGGCAGCAUGGAGCUGAGUGCGGAUGGAUGUACUGAGGAUGUUUGGAGGCGGCUGCUGGCUCCUCGGAUGAAGAUCAGGAUGAGGAGGAGGACAGGAAGAAUCUGCCUGCUGCUGCUCUGCUGGCUGCUGGGAGCUCAAAGCUCAGCCCAGGCCUCAGAUGCUCCCUCGUCUUCCUCCUCCUCAUCAUCUAGUCCUGGCUUCGUGGACUUUACCUUCACCCUGGAGCCUCAGGACAUGGUAACGGUGCGAGGUGGUGUGCUUCAGCUAGACUGCCAGGCCCAAUCGGACGCAGCGGCGGCGCCUCCGUCCAUCAUGUGGCGUAAAGACGGGGUCCUGCUGAGCACAGUGGUGGACGAGCGGCGGAGACAGCUGGAAAAUGGGACGCUGAUGGUGCAGAACGUGGUGCAUUCACGGCACCACCGGCCUGAUGAAGGAGAAUAUCAGUGCCUGGCCACACUGGAUGGACUGGGGAGCAUUGUUAGUCGGACAGCGAAGGUCACUGUGGCCGGUCCGUUGAGAGUGAUCGUCCCCACUGAGUCAGUCUCCUCGUACCUUGGUGACACCGCCCUGCUUCGCUGCGAGGUCUCAGGUGACCCCACGCCCCUUAUACGCUGGCAGAAGAACCGGGAGGACCUACCGCUGAGCUUCCAACCCGAAUCCAGGCUGGCGGUGCUGCCAUCAGGCUCUCUGCAGGUGAGCCGGGUCCAGCCACCAGACUCAGCUACGUACCGCUGCCUGGCCGAUAACCCCGGCAGCACCAGGACGGGGACGGACGCUGAACUUCGAGUGCUCCCAGAACCCGGGCUCAGCAGGAACCUGCAGUUCCUCCAGCGUCCGUCCAGAGUAACGGCUCUCCUGGGAACAGAUGCUGUGCUGGAAUGUUCUGCCUCCGGAUACCCAACACCGAACAUCCAGUGGAGGAGAGGAGAGGAAAUCAUUCAGAGCUGGAACAAGAAGUACUCACUGCUGGCGGGCAGCAAUCUGAUCAUCAGGACCGUCACUGACGAUGACUCCGGCUCUUACAGCUGCACGGCCUCCAACAAGAACCAGAACAUCACUGCACAGGCAGAACUCAGCGUCCUAGUUCCUCCUCAGUUCCUGAACUACCCGACCAACACGUACGCCUACGAGUCCACCGACAUCGAGAUGGAGUGCGCCGUGACGGGAAACCCGCUGCCCACCGUCCGCUGGAUGAAGAACGGGGAGGAGGUCAUUCCCAGUGACUACUUCCAGAUCGUGGACGGAACCAACCUGCAGAUUCUGGGUUUGGUGAAAUCAGAUGAAGGAUUUUAUCAGUGUGUUGCUGAGAACUCUGCAGGCAGCUCCCAGGCCAUGGCUCAGCUGCUGCUCAGAGAUCCAGUGUCCCCCAGCCCAGGCGUUGCCCUUCCCUCUGCCCCCCGCGACCUGGUCCCUGUCCUAGUGUCCAGCCGAUUCGUCCGGCUCAGCUGGCACGCCCCAAAGGAGACUGGAGGAGGCGUGCAGACGUACGGCGUUUACUUCUCACAGGAAGGAGUUGAGAGGGAGAGGUCAGUGAACGUGUCAGAGCCAGAGUCGCUGGAGCUGACGGUUUCCAACCUGAAACCCGAGGAGACCUACAGCUUCAGAGUGGUUGCGUACAAUGAGGCGGGGCCUGGAGAAAGCUCCGCCCCCCUCAGGAUCGCCACCAAACCCGACCUUCAGGUUCCCAGCAGGGUGGAGUCUCUCCGAGCCCUAGCUCUAUCUCCGACAUCCAUCCAGGUGAGCUGGGAGCCCCCAAGCCUUCCAAACGGACCCGUGCUGGGUUACAGACUGCUGUGGACCGAGAGCCCGUCCGGAAAGGAGCAGAGUGUGGAGGUGAGUGGGCUCAACUACAAGAUGGACGGACUCAACCGGUUCACAGAAUACACGGUUCGGGUUUUGGCCAUCAACAGGUACGGACCGGGAACCGCCUCUGAGAGCGUCAGCGUGACGACCCAGUCAGACGUGCCCAGUGCUCCUCCUCAGAACAUCACCUUAGAGGUCGUCCUGUCCAGGAGCAUCAAGGUGUCAUGGCAACCGCCCCCUCGCAGCGCCCAGAACGGCAUUAUCACCGCUUAUAAGAUCAAAUAUAGGAAGACUGGUCGCCGUGGAGACCAGGAGGCCAUUGAACCCAACAACUUCUGGUACCUGUUCACAGGUCUGGAGAAGGGCAGUCAGUACAGCUUCCAGGUGGCGGCCAUGACUGCGAAUGGGACGGGUCCCCCGAGCGACUGGUACAUGGCCCAGACGCCGGAGAACGAUUUGGAUGAGAGUCAGGUGCCCGACCAGCCCAGCUCUCUGCACGUCAGACCGCUUCCCAACAGCAUCAUCAUGUCCUGGACCCCGCCGCUCAGCCCCAACAUCCUGGUCCGAGGUUACAUCAUCGGCUACGGAGUGGGAAGUCCCUACGCCGAGACGGUUCGCGUGGACAGCAAGCAGAGAUACUACUCCAUCGAAAACCUGGAGCCCAGCUCGCACUACGUGAUCUCCCUGAAGGCCUUCAACAACGCCGGAGAGGGAGUUCCUCUGUACGAGAGCGCCGUCACUCGAUCCCUGUCAGACCCCAUAGACCCAUUAGAGGAUGACCUUUUCCACCUCUUUGACAAAUUCCCAACUCCCAUGCCAGACACCAGCACUCCCAUGAUUCCCCCAGUAGGAGUCCAAGCUGUAUCUCUGUCCUCGGACUCUGUGCGCGUCUCGUGGGCCGACAACUCCAUGACGAAGAACCAGAAGUCGUCAGAGGUCCGGUACUACUCUGUCAAGUGGAAGUCCAGCGUCUCAACCAGUGGAAAGUACAAGUCUGCAGACACCACGGCUCUUAGCCACACCGUCACCGGCCUCAAACCCAACACCAUGUAUGAGUUUGCCGUCAUGGUGACCAAAGGUCGCAGGUCCAGCACCUGGAGUAUGACAGCCCACGCCACGACGUAUGAAGCAGCUCCAAGCUCCGCCCCUAAAGAUCUGACAGUCAUCAGUCGGGAAGGACGUCCUCGUGCUGUUCUCAUCAGCUGGCAGCCACCGAUGGAAGCUAAUGGCCGAAUCACAGGCUACAUCCUGUACUACACCCUGGAUAAGAACAUGUUGAUAGACGACUGGGUGAUGGAGGCCAUCAGCGGCGACCGGCUGACCCACCAGGUCGUGGAUCUGAACCUCGACAUUGUGUAUUAUUUCAGGAUUCAGGCCAAAAAUGCCAAAGGGGUCGGACCUCUGUCUGAGCCUGUGCAGUUCAGGACGGCCAAAGUGGAGCUUCCAGACAAGAUGGCCAACGAUCAAGGUCGAGGAGAACACGCCUUCUGGCCUUCUGAUACCAACCUGAUUGACAGGAGCAGCAUGAACGAGUCUCCCAUUGGUCAGAUGCGGCCUCCUCACGGUAGCGUCACUCCUCAGAAGAACAGCUACCUGCUGGUCAUCAUCUUGGUUUCCGUGGGAGCCAUCAGCGUGGUCGUUGUCACGGCGCUUGUCUGCAUCCACCGCUCUUCUUCCCAGCAAAGAAAAAAGAGGGCAAGCCACAGCACCGGGAAACGGAAAGGCAGCCAGAAGGAGUUGCGGCCUCCGGACCUGUGGAUCCACCAUGAGGAGAUGGAGAUGAAAAACAUGGAGAAAGCUCCCAGCGUCGCCCCUUCUGGACGCGACUCCCCCAUUCAGUCCUGCCAGGACCUCCCCCAGGUGGCUCACAGCCAAUCAGAGAGCCAGAUGGGCAGCAAAAGCAGCCACUCAGGAGCCGACGCAGAUGAGGCGUCCAGCGGCAUCUCCACUCUGGACCGCUCCAUCACGGCCAGGAGGGGAACGCGAGGAAAGAUGAUGAUUCCCAUGGACCUGCAGCCAAGCAACACGCCUGUGGUCAGUGCCAUCCCGGUUCCUACGUUGGAGUCCUCCCAGUAUCCUGGGAUUCUGCCUUCACCCUCCUGUGGCUUCACACACAACAAGUUCAGCCUCAGGCCGAUGCCAUUCCCCAGCCUGACUGUGGACAGAGGAUACACACCAGUGAUGCCCUCAGACUCAUCCACCACUCCUCUGCUCCAGCAGCAGCCUCCACCCCAGCCGGCUGCUCCUCUCCUGCCUGGUUGUGCCGCUCCCACCUCGGAGCAUGUUCCCCUUGUUGGCCCCGUCCCUGGGGCCCCUGCUGCCUCGGGCUCCUCAGAAGAGGCCCAGGCAGGGGGCAACCGGACCAUCCCGACAGCCUGCGUGCGGCCAACCCACCCGCUCCGGAGCUUCACUAACCCGCUGCUGCCGCCACCGAUGGGGACCAUAGACCCCAAGGUUUACACCUCCAUGUUGCCACAGUCCAGUGCCAGCCUCCCAAAACCCCAGGUGAAGACGGCCUCAUUGGGUCAGGCCGGUAAGGCUCGCUCACCUUUGCUUCCCGUUUCGGUACCAACAGCACCAGACUUACAAGAGGAAGGAGCAAAGCCUGCUGAAGAUUCAGCUACCAACGUCUACGAGCAGGACGACCUGUCGGAGCAGAUGGCCAGUCUAGAAGGACUGAUGCAGCAGCUCAACGCCAUCACCGGCUCCGCCUUCUAACCACCGUUCCCAGCCUGGCAUGGCCGAUCCCCAGCAAUGGACCAAUCUGGAACCUUUCUUCAAGCCUUGAUAUCCCCUGCUGUCAGUUUUCCUGGUCGGUUUCCUGCUGUCAGUGACUGGUCACUAAUGGGCUGAAGAUGCCCCAGAUCUCCAUCUGUUUGGUUUCUGCUGCUCUGGGCUUAUAUCUACUAAGAACGGGAUUUUAAAAAGGGAAUUAAACAGACAUUACAGACUCUACAGCAUCAACUCCAUAAACAGGACUUGCUUUGGGGGGAUUUGUUUAGGUGUUCAACCUGAAACCCCUCUAGAUUCUUCAACCUCAAACAUGAAACAAAAAAAAUCCAAUGCCUAGCGCCUCUACUUAACAGAACAGGAGGAAAGGAAUAUCACAAAAAAGAAGACAAAGUAUAAGAUCCUCCUCUUUCUCCCAUUUGCGGUAUUUAUUAGCAUCGUCCUCCACUGAGUUUUCCUGAGCUCAGUUACUGUGGCUGUACCUCGCCUACUUUCCACAUUUACUGUUGGAAAUAUUCCUUCAUCACUUGGUUCUCCACUUUGUGCGUUUGCAGGAUGUGGAUUUGGUUUGGAAAUCUACAAUAAGGAAAACAAAACAUAUUCAGCCACCAAAGUUUCACUGAAACCUUUUUUUUCCCGUGGACCUAAGGUUACCCAUCAUGCCACAUUGUUUGUGUGUUCUCAUUCAUUUCCUUUUUGUCAACAAAAACCAGGAAACUUUCUGCUGAACGAGCCAUCACCCCUGUAAAGUGUGUAGCCCUUCAAUCUCCUGGAUGUUGUUAUUAGGAAACAAGGAGGUUGUGAAAAUUCCAACACUUGAAGUGGAUCCAGCUCAUGUUUCUUCCAGGAUUGUAGAGGAAUCCCAUAGAUUCCAACAGUGCUUCUUUUGACCUUCCUCUUUGGCCAGAGAAACUUGAACCUUUACCAACAUUAACGUUUGUUGCUGCCACAUUCUGACCUUAGAAAGCUUAUUCUGAAUAUCUUUGUUUUUGCUACUUGUUCCAAUCUGUCUCAUUGUAAACACAAACCAGAGAUCAAGGAAAGAGAUUAUUUUGAAGAAACCAAAACUUUACAAAAAAAUAAUUUUUACAUUAGAGUUUUACAUUAGAGUAAAUGAAACACCGUCUCUGGAUGUUAGCUCAGCCAACGAAAUUUCUGUUAUAUGGAUGUGACUGACUGUCACAUCCUGGAGGGAAUCCAGGAUGUUGCUUGUUUUCUGGACAAAGUGAAGGUUCAUUGGUCCAACACAUUUACUGAUUACAUUCUCAGCUGUGUUCGAAUUGUCCACUCACUAAUGUGGCCUAUAUAGUGAAUCAGCUAGGGGGUGUUAAAAACUUAGACAAUUAAAAAUGGUGAUUAAUUUUUGUGAUAUAGUAAAAGUGUACACAAGCUGUACAGUACCUAUGGUAAAAUGUGCUAUAACUGCACUACAACUUCAGCCAUUGAAACAUGGAAGGACUAAUGUAAGCAACCUAAUGAACGCAGUUAAUGUUUGAGAAACCAUUUCACUAACAAUCCAUCUGAUCAGCUGAUAAGUCUAGAAAAAGCUUAGACAUUUGCAACAGCUCUCUCUCGGUGUUAUUUUUGAAACAUUUGUUAGCAGGCUAGUUGGCAUUCAUGGUUCACUAUAAACAUUAGCAUUAGCUCGUGGUCAGGCUAAUACUAACGCUAGUGUUAGACUGCUAAAUGUUAGUAUUGGCAUGCCAAAAUAUUGUACACAUUCAAUUCGCUAUUGACUUUAGUGUUAGCCAUCAAUAGUCAUGCAUGCUAACAGUUAGCAUCAACAGUCAGAGCGUAAAAGAUUAGCAAUGGCAAGCUAAUGGGUUGCAUCUACAGUCAGCAGCUCACUAAGGAAAAUAGUGUUAGCUCACGAAUGGUCAUGCUAAGCUUAAGCAUCAACUUUAGCUACUAACAUUUAGGAUCAACAACCAAUAGCUCACUGCAAAUAUUAGUCUUAGCCCUUUUAAUGGCCAUGCUAACCAUUAGCAAAUGGAUUAGCACGCUAACAGUAUCUACAUUCAAUAAUUCACUCUGCACACUAGCAUUAGCCCACUGAGAGGCAUUGUGACACAUAAGAAUAGUGAGCCAACAAUCAGCAACUACGAUAAUUCACAAAGAACAAUAAUGCUAGCAUCAUGCUAACCGUUUAACUGCUAAACAUUAGCAGUAAAAUAGAUGGUAUCCUUGAUUAGCACUUAAUGUUUGUUUUAAAUGCUAAUGAUUAGCAUGCUAAAGCUAACAUGUAUGACAUUAACAGCAAUGUUCAUAACAAAAUACUGUGAAUUGUUGUCCAAGCACAUCAUUCCCUUUAUGUUUGAACUGUUGGGAAUAUUAAGAGAAUUUUCUCAGAAACUUAAUUUAAAAUGUUUCUCAACAGACAGAUUACUGUAAUAAUAAUAAUAUUGUUCCAACAUAAAAGGAAGCCACGUUUUAACAGCCUGCUGGUUUCUGAUGGGCUUGUACUUCAACUCUAAAAACUGAUGUUUGGAAUGAAGUGCUUAAUAAUCUGAUAAAGGGCUAAGCACACUUAAAAAACAGAAACCGGAAUUACAACUUGGUCCUUUAAUAUAUUAACUCAAUAUAAUGAGUGAGUGAACACUUGGAACACAGCUAAUCCACUUUACAAAUAAAACCCUAAAUUAAAUAUAAACUAGCAAUGCUCAUUAAUUUCUGUAUAAUUUUACAGUUGUCCAGUAUAAGUUUUCAAUUAAUGUUGACCAACAGAGGCCAGUACAGUUUUAUGAUCUGUGGUGAAUAGUUUCUUCUUCUUUUUUAAACAUCCAAAUUCAGAUGCACAUUUAAACAUGAACCAACACAACCUGCAGAUUUCACCCACUAUAAACAGGCUUGGAUGAAAGCUGUGAAUUAUUUUAAUCUUCUCUGCAAGGUGUUGGAGGUUUCCUAUGAUGAUGACAUGCAGAUCCCAUUGUGCAUCCCCGUUAGGUGGUACUGUGUCACUCCCUGAAACCGGGACAAAAGGACAUUUAUUUUGUUAUUUUUGUUUUUGCUAUUUUUUUCUCUGUUUUUAUCAGUUUGAAGAACCAAAAUGAACACACCUCUGUAAACCAUGACUGAACAAAAACCCACCAGCUUCACGUUGUGUUUACUUCAGGGGGUUUCUGUUUUGUAGAAAAAGAAAAAAGCAACAAAAAGACAA